UGCGCCAAAAACAAGACACGCCCUUUUUUCUGCAAGCCAUGUGGCUUCCGUUGGUAAAUAGUGAUAUAUGCUAAAUGUUGACAUUCGUUUCUUAAACUGUUUUUGCGUAAUCUCAGGUUUUCGUGGAGACCGAGCAGCUAUAAUGUCGGCGGGCGUCGUGAACCUCCAGGCGCAGGUGGAGUCGUUGCUGGGGGCGCUGGUCAAAGCUGCUUCGGUGGAGUUGGUCAAACUGUUCGAGAGCAGAUACCGAGCCUCGCCUGUGGAUGUGGGCCUGGCUCAGGACAAAAGGGAAAGCAAACCCUUGGAGAUGCAGGACAGUCUAUGGUUUGAAGACACAAAACGCAGCAUCGGUAUUCAGGUGGAGGAAGAUGUCUGUUCGCCGUUGGAGCUUUCUGAUUGUAGUUGUUUGAGGGAUCCCAGUGCGGCGUUGGUGGAGGGGUGUCUCAUUCCAUCUGAAAUCCUCCUGGCUGAAGAUAAUGGCCAUGCUGACCCCGAGUGGCUGCCUUUGAAGGAUCAGCAGACUGUAGCAGACACUUUAAACAUGGUGGAGUUGAGCGUCCUUGAGGCUAAGUCUACGGCUGAUAACGGUGCUCAAACCGAAGUUCUUUUGCAUGAGAUGGGUUCAGAAACACCAAAACGUGGAUCUACACAGAGCUCAUCUUCUAAAAAGAAGCUUCUUGUUGUUCAGCCAGAUACAAGUAGUGCCACCUCUGGGGAGAAGGUGAAGUAUGUUUGCCCGUUAAUCCUUAAACCAGACUCUCCUGCACCCAAACCUGACAGCUCAGAGAAACCUGAACAAACUGAACCCCAGCAAGCCUGUGUCAGCACCGCUAAGGGCACGGCAUAUAGUCCAUCUCCAUCCGAUGGAGCUGUAACCCCUGCACAAGUUGGGGUGUGGGAGCGGAUCCACACCCCUAAGGAGACCAAGAACCAUCUCCAGAUGAAACUGAAGUUCACCUCUCCAGAUCAAAAGUUGCUGCGUCCCUGUAGAGUACAGCUGGUAAACAUGCUCACAGUGCCUGAGACAGAGAUGAAGACUCAGGACGGUGCUGCAAAGGUCAGUGAUUCUAACCUAAAAUCAGGGUGGCCCCUACCCAAAGACCUCCGCCGCCAUCAGGGUCCCCACACAGGCCAUCGCCUCUGCUGCUUCACCCAAUGUGAAGGUGGCAUUUGGCGUCUCCAGAAGGUAGUUACCCACUCACGUGAUGGCUACAUUUGCAACAUUUGUGGGAAAGCAUUCAAGCGUAGGAAGAUUCUGCGGAGACACGAACGAUUCCACACGGGAGAAAAGCCAUAUCCGUGUUCAGCAUGCUCGAAGACAUUCGCCCUAAGAAAGAGCCUUCGUCGACACCUGAGGUUCCACACGGGGGAAAGGCCGCACACCUGUACGCAGUGCGGCAAAAGCUUCCGUCUGCGAGACAAUCUCAAAGCACAUUUGAGGUUUCACUCUGGAGAGAAACCUUUCAGCUGCACCGCGUGUGGUAAAAUGUUCAGGAUUAUGAGAAAUUUGGAGAAACACAAAAUGAACAACUGUAAUAUCUUUGUUCCAUCCUUCAGAACGAUCGCUGGCAUGUAGCGUUAAAAAAAUUAAUAAAUAAAAAGUCAGUGGCUGGUUGCAGUGGUUUCACCAUUGUCUACCUCAGACUAAAACACUGAAUUAUUUUUGCAGACUUAGAUUAGAAAACUUCAAGAUUUAUCCAAGACUGAAAAUAUUCCCCAUCAGUGCCAUAUAUUGUCUCCCCAGAAAGGGAGAACAGGGAAGCCUUUAUAGAUUUUAUAUUCAGUAAAUACACUGAUAGUUUUUGUUGUUGUUUGUAGGAGGGGGGUUUGUACUUUGUUCUCAUAGUAAGAUUACUGAAUGUAAAUAAAUGUCUUGUUAUGACCCAAAAAAGAAAAACAUGCUUUAAAUAUCAACUAGAGGCUCGAUUGACUAUAAGACAUUAUUAAAAUCUUCAAAUUUACAUAUGGACAAACACAGCUGAUCUACAUUCCUUAUUUGAAAGGCCUAAGUUUUUUACUGCUUCUUACUACAUAUACUGUAUAAGCUAUAUUGACUUGUUUUUUUCUACAACUGCUGGUAAAUAACUUUUGUCUUGUGUCUCAAAAUAAAUUCUGCUUUAUUUUGUAAAACCACUAUCCAAUAAAACAUCCAUUUUGAA